AUGCAACAAGACAAUUUGAAGAAUAGUGAACAAGAUAAAAGAGCAGCAUCCUUGAAAUACAGUCCAUUCCGUGUGUCUGAAGUUAAAGAUGCAGAAGCAGCAGUAUUGCUGUUACAAUCUACAGAUAAGUCUACUUUAUUAGGAAUUGUUGAGGCUCUGUCAAAAUAUGCUAGUACAUCAAAAGACAAUGUAAAAAUACUUUUUCACUUCAACGCUGUAAAUAAUGUUCUUCCUAUUAUUGAACAUGAAGAUAUAUUUAUUCGAAGAUUUGCCGGCAAACUAUUGGCAGAAAUGACAGUAGUACCAAACGUGACAAACUCUUUGAUAGAAUCCAAUUGUAUAGAAUAUUUUCUUAAAUUGUUAACAAACGAAAAAGACACUUUCAUGCAAGAAUACCUUUCUGCAAUACUCGCAAAGGUGUCCGAAGAUCCAUGUGGUAAUGGUCUUUUAGCAAAACAUGGCUCAAAGGUGAACUUAUUUUUUGAAGGAUUACAAUCACCAGACCCGGACGUAAAGAAACAUUAUUUCGAGAUUCUGCAUAAUAUAAUGCAGGAUCCUGUAGCUGCGCGUGAAAUUUCGAGAAGCGAGAAAUUUAGUUUCCCUUUGUUGUAUCAACAUUUUGAAUCGAAAUAUCCAGAGAUUCAAAAUCUCGCGCUAAAUGUAGUUGCCGAUGUCAUUAGUAGAAACAAAGAUAAAGAUACACAAUCUUUAUUUCUUAAAACAAACGGAGUUAAAAAUGAUGAGUGGAAUGAUUUGCACAUUAAAGCUCUAGAAAUAUUACGUUUUGCAACCGAGAAUCCAGUUAUCGUAGAUGAACUUAUUGACAGCGAAAGUAUUCCGCAGAUAUUAAAUUACAUAAAAUGUGCAAAAGAUCCGACAUUUGCAGAAGCGCUCAGAAUUGUUGUGCAUGUCGCAAACACCUCCAGAGGAAGAAAAGUAAUUUUGUAUAAUAUAAAACGCACAUAG